AUGUGGAUUCAGCGUCUACAGGAUCGUUAUGGCAAGAAGUUUGACUGCGAACCGUCCCCGGCCAAGCCGGACCCAUUUCGUGAAGAGAGCUUAGGCAACGUGCGCCGAUUAUGGGUUCCGCCGUUCUUUGGCGGUGACUUCCUCCGCCAGGGAGCGGCUGAUCGCAAGGUUGCUCGAAGGCGUGGAUUGGUGUUGUGUUUGUUUUCGACGUUCAGCAUAUGCGCAGUCUUUUACAUGUGGUUCCACUGCUACAAGGCUUCGUGCCGCGACUGCUCACUCGUGGCCAAGAACUUACCAGAUGUAAAUGAGGGGGAGGUUGAGUGUCAUUGCUCCAAUUGUAUCGUGAAUUUCUUCUUCAGUCCGAGUACCCACUUCGAGAAGUGCUACUAUUCACUACUCUUCUUCAGCGGUUUGGUGGUAUUUUACCUAUUUGCGGUGGUCAGGUCUUUGGCGUUCCAGAUUUUUCGCCAUUCGAAUCUGGCGCAGCGGGACUAA